UUUGAAGAACUACAUCUCCCGACAGCAUGGUCGCGUUGUGAUGACGUCUCACGAACCUUCCGGAAGCUUGUAAAACAGCUUGCGUCAGAAACUCGCGCAACGCCGUAGCGAAUUUGUUACUUGCCAGGGAAGGUGAACACAACAGUUACGCGCAUCUCCAGUGACACAUCUCCGAACCCAUGUUUGUGGCAAGGCUAGCAUGCCUGAGGAGCCUCCCCCCGGUGGCUCCCGGGCUCCGUCUCGGGCUGGCGCACAACUCCGGCACCCUGAGGUCCUCCGCCCUCAACCUGAAGCCCAGUCCGAGCGUGUUCACGCCGGCGCAGGGUUUUUCUUCAAAAGCGCGAUUUGGUUUCCGCCGAGCAAGGACCGCCAGAGACCAACUCAAGGAGGCGGUUUUCGAGCCGGCCACGGGAACUGCUUUAAAAAUUGACAGCAUGGGGAGAAUGAUUCUAGCUGGAGGUGCCGCAGUGGGACUUGGGGCUUUAUGCUACUAUGGCAUGGGAAUGUCCAAUGACAUCGGUGCCAUUGAGAAAGCAGUGAUCUGGCCUCAGUACGUGAAAGACCGGAUCCACUCCACUUACAUGUACUUUGCGGGCAGCGUCGGCCUGACGGCUCUGUCGGCGGUCGCCGUGAGUCGAACCCCGGCGCUCAUGGGGCUCAUGAUGAGAGGCUCUUGGAUGGCGAUCGGCGCUACCUUUGCAGCCAUGAUCGGCGCCGGCAUGCUGGUCCGGUCCAUCUCUUAUGAGCAUAGCCCCAUGCCCAAGCACCUGGCGUGGAUGCUGCAUGCAGGUGUGAUGGGCGCCGUCGUGGCCCCCCUCACGCUCCUGGGCGGACCCCUGAUGAUGAGGGCCGCCUGGUACACGGCAGGCAUUGUGGGCGGGCUGUCCACGGUGGCCAUGUGCGCCCCGAGCGAGAAGUUCCUCAACAUGGGCGGACCCCUGGCCGUCGGCUUCGGGGUGGUCUUUGCUUCAUCUAUUGGGUCUAUGUUCCUUCCCCCCACCUCGGCGUUCGGGGCCGGGUUGUACUCAGUGGCAGUGUACGGCGGCCUGGUCCUCUUCAGCAUGUUCUUGCUCUACGACACGCAGAAAGUCAUCAAGAGGGCCGAGACGCAGCCACUGUAUGGUGUGCAAAAAUACGACCCUAUUAACGCGUGUCUGGGCAUUUACAUGGACACGCUAAACAUCUUCACCAGGCUGGUGAUGAUCCUGGCAAAUGGCGGCGGCAGAAGGAAGUGAACAUUUUAUUAUUAUUUUUUUUUUCCUCCCCAUUUACGUUCCACUGAGCUGAGUGUUGUCGUAACUUAGCAGCAAACAGUAGUGUUAUACUCUUGCAGUCUCUCAACACAAGCGCUUCACAUACUUAAAAAAAAGAAAUAAAUACUUGCCGAGAACAAAAAUCUUCACGUGCAGAGGCGUCGCUCUGAUGGUGGAAGUGUUUUUAAUUUCUGCCUGUUAUUUGUCGUUGAUCUGCAGUUCAUAUUCGUCAAAACCAUGUAAUAGAUAAAUUACAUUACACUUGUCUGAGUCUUUCUAUGGGUACAUUAAUUUAAUAAAGUGCUGUACAAUACA